AUGUCUUCAAAUUGGGGUUACAAACAAGAAUACGCUCCCGCUAUCUCUAUGGACGGGUUUACAUGCACAGGCAACAGAUUUUACGUGGUUGUCGAUGGAAACCAGCACGAACGCGAGGGCGCUCAACAAUUGUACAACCUCCUCACAUACACACCGCCGCCACCAACGCUGACCAAGAAAGGCACGGUAGCGAAGAGACAGCCAGUUCCGCACAAGGAUCACGCGGCUCACUUCUAUUGUGCGCAACUCAUCCAUUAUGGACUGAAGCCCUUGAAAACGAGGGAACCCGCAAAAAAGAGGCUUCUGGCGGCAUUUGGGGCAGGACAAACGUUGUCGGUUCCGGCGAGUAUCUUGCAACUUGAAAUUUCCAUGAAAGAAGAGUGGAAGAAGGCGAAUAAGGUGGCGGAGAAGAAGUACCAGGAAGAGGCGGUGGAGAGAGACCGUAGAGAAAGGGAGGAGAGACAACAAAGAGACAUUCGGGAGAAGGAGCGGAGGGAGGAGCAGGAAGAAGAGCAAAAAACCAUGAUGAAAGAAUUUUUUGGUGUUUUCGAUGCCUAUGCACUUGAUGAUUCCGACGAGGACGAACCGGAGGCCCCAAGGCUAAGCAAGGCACAGAUGCCCAAGGAAAUAGCUUCCCUCUCCAAUGAUCAGAUGCGCAAACUCCUCUUCAAACUACUCGCUGAUGUUCCUGAGGUCGAGGAUGUUAUGAAGAACGAGAUUGAGAAAGCUCAAGCUCAGGGGCGAAAAUCGAAGACAAAACCUAAGGCCGGCCCAUCGAAGAAUCAAAAGGCCCUCUCAGUCGCCCAGUGGAAAGGAUCAUAUACCGUCUAUGCCCCAAAGCUUGCGGAUAACUGGGACGACGCCGAGGGACCGCUUGAACUGGAGGUCUAUCCAUCUGCAAAAUCAUCUCACCUUUGGGCCGCGUUCAAUUUUGGCAUAAUUUCUGGUGUCAUACGUUCAUCUGAUGCUCCCCCAAAGACCAUAGGAGACAAGAUCCAUUUUGAUUGGAGAGGUAGGGAGAGUGGAGAGGGAGAGAUGACCUUUGGGGAUCGCAAUAAGGGUGCCAUCACUUUUCUUGGGGAUGGAAAAAUACAUGCUCGCAUGACGGGCGAUCUCUGCAGCAAAUUUGAAUUCUUUGGAAAGCAAUGCGCCGUGAAGGAAAAUAUCGGAGACCCUGUUGAGAAGGUAUCGGAAUGGAAACAGGAGUGGAGGGGGAUAAACUGGUCCUCGUACAACGCUGCCAGCCAGGCAAGAUGGGGUAAAUGGGGAGGGGAUUGGAAGAUUGACGGUCCGGCGUAUUCGGACACGUCAGAAGAGCGUCCUGGUUCCGACGACGAUGAAGACACAUCUUGACCUCGGUCGUCUGGAAUCGGAUACAAAGGAAACAAGUCUAAAGAAGGGACGAGGAAACUAGUGCAUUCGCAUAAAACAAGGAAAUAAACCUUUAGAAUAACCUUCAAUCCAACAUUCACCAC